UGCUUCCUUUUUCUGGAACUGCCCCCAGAGCCAGAACAGCUUGCUGUUCCAAAGCAGUAUUUCAAUAGGUUUCCUCGACAACAGAGGCUACCAGAGGCGAUUCCCGUGCUAGACGGGGAUCAGGAUCAGCCUCCGGCUCUGCCUCCUCGACUGGAAGGAAAUGCUCACCAGUCAUUGGAAGCACUCGUUCCGCCUCUAGACAGUCAGAGUUCACAAGGAAACAAGUUGAUUGUUUCACCCCUGACCCCCAAGAAAGAUCUAGCUCGGCGUCGACGGCUUCCUAAGGUUGGUGUUGGAACUCCAGACAAAGCGGCCAAGCUUCAGGGUCAAAAUCAAGUUUUGCCGGCUGACUAUGGGGUCUAUCCUGGUGGUUUUCCUACAGAAUCCCAGGAGAACCCAGGAGAACCUGCACAGCCCUCUGAGCAGGCUGAACCAUCUCAAUUCCUGAUGGAAGGCCAGACUCAAAAUCCAGAGACUCAGGAGCCCAUCCAAUCCUCCUCUGCACAGCAAGAAGAACAAGCUUCCGCCUCCACAAAGCCUCAGGGGCAGGUGAGGAAGUUUCAGUCUACUCCAAGCACGGAGCAGGCUCCAGCUCAGCCUCUGGGGCAUCCUGAGGGAGUGGGACUCCCCUCAGCCCAACAAGAGGCCCCAGUGCAGACUCCGGAAUUCCCUGGGAGGGUGGAAUCUUGGACUCAAGAGGGUCUAGCUCAGACCUCAGAUCUCCCUGAGGAGACUGGACCUUUCUCUACCCAAAACGAUGCCACAGCUCAGCCCUCAGAGUAUGCUGAGGAAGUCAGCCCAUCUGUAGCCAGCAGGGGGGCCCCAGCUCAGCCUCCAGGCCUGCCUGUGAACACUGAAUAUUCCUCCAGCAAUCAGGAGCAGCCUGCUCAGCCUUCUGAGUCUCCAGAGAUCGAACCUUCUAGAAGCCAACUGGAAGCCCCGGAGAAGCCUUCGGCACUCCCUGUGGAAGUCAAAUCUCCAGUACAGCAAGAUCCCCGAGCUCAAGCGCUAGACUCUCCUGAAGAGACUAUCAUAGCUCAGACUCCACAGAUUCAGAAUGGGACGAACUGGUCUCCAGAUCAGAAUCAAGUUCACCCAUCACUCAUCUCUGGGAAGAUAUCUGAAGGCUGGUUUGUGUUUCCCUGUGGAGUGGUAAUUGGUAAGCACUCACGGGGCGCUCUAGAGGUGGAACGGAAAUCCCCUGCUGGCUUGGUGAAGGUUCCUUCAGUUGUUCAGGCUGAGCUGGGACCCCUGGAAGCUCUGUCUCCACGGGAGGGCCUGGAGGAGGCUGAGUCUCCACCAGAGCCUCCGCAUACUGAGCUAUCUGCUCCUGUUCACGGGGAGAAGGUUCUGCCUCCACGGAAGGGCGUGCAGUGUGAGCUCUGGGUGCCUGCUGCAAUUCAACCUUUUGAUGUAGAACUUACCCUAACUCCAGAAUCUGUUGUGGAGGGUGAACCACUCCCAACCAUGCAGGAGACUUCAGGGCAGCCUCCAGGGCCACAUAAUGAAGUGGUCUAUCAGCCUCCAGUUUAUUAUGAGAUGGUAGUUCCAAAACCAAGUCAAGAUCAAACUCCGCAUCCAAUGUCACCCAGUGGCACAGCUGAACCUUCGAAGUUAGAGUCAACCAUAACUCAGGUACGCACUACACAGGAUGAACAUUCUACAGCCUUCAAGUCUAUAUCUCCUCCUCCUUAUCCAAUGUACCCUGAGGUGACAUUUUCACCUCCAGUCCAGAUUCAGACUCAGUAUACAAACCUGCCUCAAGUCACAGUCACUCUGGACCUGGAAAUUACCCAAACUCCACAACGUACUACAGAGGCUACACCUUCUACUACCAUGCAAAUGACCCUAACUCAGUCUACAGAGCCACUAAAGGAGCUCGUAACUCAGUCCCCAGGGGACAAUGAGAUGACAGUUCCAACAGCAGGUCAGCAUCAAGCUCAGCACCCAACAUCACCCAGUGUCAUAGCUCAGCCUUCCAAGAUGGAGCUAACCAUAACUCUGGUACCCACUGCAAAAGCUGGCCAUUCUCCAUCCCUGAAGAAGACUACAGAUCUACAUCCAGGCCAGGUUCAGACUCAGCACUCAACCCUAACUGAAGUCACAGAUCAACCCCUGAAUGCGGCUGCCACCAUAAAUGUCUGUGAGCUCUGCACCUGCAAAGAUGAGACACUUUCAUGCAGUGGCCUCAGCCCAGUGCAGAAGCUUCACAGAGUUCCUGUACCAGAGCCCAACAGCUACAAUGGCACCUUCAGCAUAUUAAAUUUCCAAGGAAACUCGAUUUCUUUCAUUGAUGAAAAUGUAUGGAAAGCAUACCGCUGGGCUGAGACACUAAUCCUCAGUGAAAAUGACUUGACUGAAUUACAUAAGGACUCAUUUGAAGGCCUGCUGUCCCUCCAACACUUAGAUUUAUCCUGCAAUAAAAUAGAGUUUAUCGAAAGACGUGCAUUUGAGUCACUCCCUUUUUUGCAGUCUAUAAAUCUUGGUUGCAAUUUACUGACAGAACUGAGCUUUGGGACAUUUCAGGCGUGGCAUGGAAUGCAGUUUUUGCACAAUGUAAAUCUCAAUCGUAAUCCUCUGACAAAUGUUGAAGAUUCGUAUCUUUUUAAACUGCCAGCAUUAAAAUAUCUAGACUUGGGAACAACACAAGUACCACUUACCACAGUUGAGAACAUUCUCAUGAUGACCCUUCAACUGGAAAAACUGAUCUUACCCAGCCAUAUGGCCUGCUGCCUCUGCCAAUUUAAACAUACUAUCGAGGUUGUCUGCAACACCGUCAAGCUUCACUGUGACAAUGAAUGCCUGCCAAAUACGACACAUUGCCUUGAAGAAGCAUCUAUAGGGAACCCAAAGGGGGCAUUCAUGAAGAUAUUGCAAGCCCGGAAGAACAACACCAGCAAGCAGCUGACUAUUGAGCGGGAACCCAGUAUCAGAGAGAACAGCGUGGACUUCCCAGGCCGCAUGAGUGAACAGCGGGACUUCAAUGAAAGUGACAUUAUUAGUGCACUGAAUUACAUAUUGCCUUAUUUCUCAGACGAAAU